GAAAGGAUAAGUGUGCAGGAAUCUGGUGAUGAGCUGAACACUAGCUUAGGUGGCGAAAGCAUUUGCGAGAAGGUAGAUGGUGAGAAAUACCAUAUUACCACCAGUGAUACAUUAUGGUUUUGAUGGAGUAUAAACGUUUUGGAUAUACAUGCAUGAGUUAAGUUUCUAAAUAUUGUAAUUUUGAAGGCGAAGAGUACUGUAGUAGCGUUCUCUCUAGAGACUAAGUCAAGCUACAAAAUGAAUAUAUCAACUUUAUAGGAAAGGAUAAGUGUGCAAGGAUCUGGUGCAGAUGAGCUGAACACUAGCUUAGGUGGCGAAAGCAUCUGUGAGAAGGUAGGUGGUGAGAAAUACCAGUGGUACAUUACAUUACAUUAG